AUGGCUCGCUCACCGUCACCUGACAUUUCUUUAGAUGAUCGGACUUCUCAUCACAAUGACCUUUCAGCUUCUUUAUUGGAUCCCACUCAUUCGAGGCCUUCCACUUUGCGCAGCCCAAGUAUUGAAUCAUUGAGACAAAGGGACGAUGGACCAACCCCCAAUUCUUUUAAUAACUCACAACGGCGUGGUUACAGUAGCAGAUUUCGAGAAGAGGGAGACGAGACCGACCAGAAUAUUCGUUUGAAGAAUGGCGCUUCAGAGACAACCAUAAUUCCGUCGCCUAACACGCCAGCCUCAGACUUGCUCCUAUCGAAGAUACCUGCUGAUGGAAGGGGAAGCCCGCCGAGUUGGCUACCCUUCACGCUUAAAAACAGUUUUCUUAGUCUGCUCAGUAUGCUAGCCUUGGCGCUGUGUGCAGCCACGACUGCCUUGCUUGUGAGGUCGCAGACAAAUUACGGGUUAGGCCCGGAUGAUGGCUCGUCGAAGAUCCUAUUCGGUUGGCGGUUCAGCCCGACCCUGGUAGCAGUCAUCUACGUCCAGCUGACUUCUAUGCUGGUGGACGACGUCAAGCGAUUAGAGCCAUUUGCUCGGCUAGCACGCACUAAAGGGUCCGAGGCAUCUUCGAGCAUUCUUCAAAAGCCUGGCGCCUGGUGGAACGCCCUCCACGAUGGUCUUUCCAGGGAAAAGAAUGGCGGUGACUCGCGAGGCUGGGUAUUGUUUUGUGCAACGUUGGUCAAUGUCCUUGGAUUCCUCCUGAUAUCACCUCUGUCCUCGGCUCUGUUACCAAAUAUAUCCUUCAACGAGAGCGAGUACACCCAGAACCGACAACAGGUCCCGGAUUCCCUGAUGAAUGCCAAGACGAUGCGAGACCUUACAUUAGACCCCGAGUGGUCGAGCUACAUGCUUACAUUAGGCUUCGAGAAACCCCCAUCGCUACACGGACCAUCAACACUGCUGUGGGUACUCUACGACAAUAAUUUGACGGCGAUGGUUGAGGAUGAAAAUGUGGCCAUCCGCGCAGGAGAAAUACAGCAACGGUUCUUUGGAGAAAUGCUGCAGUCGAGCUUGAUCGAGCAAGGUGCCUCUCAGUAUAUUCCCAUCCAAGGUCAUGUUAAGACGGUUGAAAGACGAGUGACAGCUACAGCCGGGCCUGCAAUCACGCUGAUAAUUCUGCUCUUUAUAUCAUCUUGUCUCCUGCUCGUCGCAUGGAGAUGCUCGCGGCUCCAACAUAGGCCGCUAAACCUGAAAACUGAUCCUUCCUCGUCGGCUGGUGUGACCUCCUUGGUAGUUGACAGUCCACGGACUAGGUUUAGCUUCAAAGAUCUUAGCCAGGCUUCAGAUAAGGAGCUCCAGGGGCUCUUGAAAGGAAAACGGUACUACACAGACUCAAAGGCGUUGCACGAAAUGGAUUCCGACCAAGCCGAAGUUGCAAACACAACCACAGGGAAAUCGUCGCCAGGAUCCGCCACAAAGACUAACUGGGUCCCUAGAGUGCUUCGUCUCCCAACCCUCCUAGCGCUGCUUUUAUGCCUUGUGGUCGUACUCGUCGGUGUCGUUGUAUUGUAUCAUUUUGCGCAGCUGUCAAAGCUGUACAAAAAAGCCUUUGUCUACCAAGCCAGCAUUUCUAUUUUCAACAAGCAGGUUUCCACGGUAGGACCAUUUUCUAUGGUUCCAACGUUAAUAGCAGUGGGUAUUGGCCUAUGGUGGGGUGCUAUUGACAACAACUUUUGCCGUCUACAGCCAUUCCUGGCCAUGGCCAAGCGUUACCGGCCAUUAUCAGAGAGCGUGUACCUAUCGUAUCAGUCCUCCUAUUGGAUGUGGGCCACUAUUAAGGCAAUAUUGAAUAGGCAUUGGAUGCUGGUAUUGGUUACCUUGGGCACUGCCGUUUCCCCAAUCUUUACUACGUCGAUGUCAGCCCUCUUCCAGCAUGAGACAGGAGUAAUCACAGAAACACAAAUGCUAGAGCGUUCGCUCGAGGUUCGCCAAAUCCCUCACAUAUUCACCGCAGUGGAAUACACAGUUCGGGAUGCUAGCAAUUUUGUGGCUUCCGUUAUUGGCCAACUCCACGGGAACCUCACCUCGCACUGGAUAUACACUGCUGCAAACCAGCUAACUCUGAAUGGCUCGGAGCCAGCCUGGAGUAAAGAUGGCUGGAGCUUUGUUCCUGUCGAUCUCCGUAACGUCAGCUUUUCGCUGCCUGGCGGGACUGAAAGCAAUCACCAGGGCGGCUUCAGCCAAAAUUCCCGGAUCAAUGUCUCAUUCUCUACACCAGCUAUCCGCGGUAGAAUUGAAUGCAGUCCUUACGAAGGCUUAUCCAACCUGUCUUCCUGGCUCACAGUCACUGACGUGAGCAAUUCAUCUCUUUGGACAAUGAAUCCGAGCACCGGGAACAUCAAGACAGCGUAUCAGCUUGGAGUAGGCUUUAAAUAUAACAGUGGCCUGCCAAGUAUGAUGUUUCCUCUGGAGCCGUCACGUAACUUCACUAAUUGUGAGCGUUGCACUUCUAUCUUUGCCAACCCUUCCUCAGUGACAUGCUGUGGCAAUGGAACCAGCCUAGAGGCGGACCCGAUGGCUGCGAUCGGUUAUUGGUCACCGAAUUCUAAUCCAGCCUCAUGGAAUCCACGUACCUGGCAACGUAACAUAACGACCAAGUGGAUACAUGGCCAUGCAAGAGUAGCGGUGGAACAUGAUGUGAGUAGCUCAUCACCGCAUCUGCUAUUCACCGAUAUACCUUCCAUAGCGGCAAUGAAUUGCAUGCCGUUGGUAGAAACAGCGAGUGCGGAAGUUACAGUCGAUCCCACCACUGGCGGAGUCCGGGCGUUUAGCAUCACAGAUGAACCACAAACAGCGGACAAUGCGUUUUCAGACAGCUUUCUUGCUCAUAGAACGUCUAACCGUGUGCAGGCCACGGUCACAUACAAUGCAACUAUCAGCUAUGGAAUGCUUUUCAUGACUCAGAUGUUAACUGCUGUGAACGUUCGAAGUCUUUAUGGACCCGGCCGAGUACUAGGCUGGACUAUUGAGGACAGAGGCGACAACACCUUCAAUAUCCGCGACGAAGCAAACGGACUAAAUUUAGACUUCAUGUCAUAUUCGAUGUAUUCAAUGGCGAAUAAGGAUCCAUCGGCGCUUAUCGAUCCUACAGUUUUCACGCGUUACGCCUCGAAAACGUUUUCGACCUUCUUCCAGCAUUUCGCAAGCUCCAAUAUCUCCAUGGAGAGAGGUAGCUUGGCCUAUCAGCCCAUUAACGCAAGCUUGCCGUCUGACCUUCCCCCAGCUGUCACUGACGUUACUCUUAUGGAGGAUGCACCACUUGCAGACCAGCAAGAUGUGAUCCAUCCAAUCUCCCAUACAAACCGGACAGUUGUUGUGCGGGUUUCCAAACAGAUCGAGUUGUUGCAGAUGAAUGCUGUCGCCAUAUGGCUCAGUGUUAGCAUUCUGGCGUGGCUUAUCAUCGCCACUGUCACUGUCACGAUCUUCCAUCGGCAAUACCUAAGACGGUUGGUACGAAACGUAGAAUGUCUUGGGGACGUGUUGGUCUUAACUGCGGGUAGUGAGAGCCUGGUACAUGUGAUCCAGGAAAUACAAGCAGGCAGAAUUGCUGAAAGCGAAAAGAGCCGUCUUUUUGCGCGACUGGGGUGGUUUCAGGAUGGCGAUGGGAAAGCGAGAUGGGGCGUUGAAAUGGCCGAGGGCGAUAUGACUCGACCAGGAGUACAAUGGUUAGAUCAUGGGGGAAAGAAUAUCGGUGGUACUGAUUCUGUAUAAGACUUAUGGAGAUAGAAGUGAAGUAUAGCAGCAUUUAAAUAUUACAAACGAUAAAACUAUGCCGUGUUGCUGAUUCAUUCUGACUUCCUCUCGGUAUGUUCUAUACCCUCUAUAUAUAU